AUGGCGUUGGCAAUCCUCCACAUUCACAAGCAUCUCUUGAAUUAUACAGAGCCCACAUACCAGAGAUACAUUGUCCGCAUUAUCUUUAUGGUUCCUGUGUAUGCAUUGAUGUCUUUCUUAUCCUUGAUCAUAAAUAAGGGUGCAAUUUACUUCAAUUCAAUCAGAGAAAUAUAUGAAGCCUGGGUCAUCUAUAACUUUUUGUCACUGUGCUUAGCAUGGGUUGGAGGUCCAGGAGCUGUUGUGUUAAGUCUGACUGGAAAAGUUAUGAAGCCGAACUGGUGUUUGAUGACGUGUUGCUUUCCUCCAAUUCCAUUGGAUGGGCGCUUCAUACGAAGAUGCAAACAAGGGUGUUUGCAAUUUGUGAUCCUCAAGCCCAUUCUUGUCACAGUUACUUUUAUACUAUAUGCAAAGGGGAAAUAUGAAGAUGGGAAUUUCAGCCCAAGGGAGUCCUAUCUUUACCUCACCAUAAUCUAUACAAUCUCGUACUCUGUGGCACUUUACGCCUUGGCUUUGUUUUACGUGGCAUGCAGGGAUUUGCUUCAGCCUUUCAACCCAGUACCUAAGUUUAUUAUAAUCAAAUCUGUUGUAUUUCUUACGUACUGGCAGGGUGUUCUCGUUUUCCUUUCUGCAAAAUCUGGACUAAUAAAAGAUACAGAGGAAGCUGCUGAGUUUCAAAAUUUCAUAAUUUGUGUUGAGAUGCUUAUUGCUGCCAUUGGCCAUCUUUAUGCUUUCCCCUACAAAGAAUAUGCCGGUGCAAAUAUCGGUGCUAAUCGUGGCCUUACAGCAAGCCUUGCGCACGCUCUCAAAUUAAAUGACUUUUACCAUGAUACUGUACACCAGUUUGCACCAACCUAUCAUGAUUAUGUGCUGUACAACCAUGGGGAGGGUGAUGAAGGAGCUAGAAAGUAUCGGGCCCGCACUUUUGUUCCGACUGGCCCUGAAAUGGAUACAGUCAGGAAAAACAAGCAUAUGUUUGUGAACAAGCCGGACGAUGUGCAGUUAUCAGUACACAAUCAAGCUCCUCAACUGAAAUCAGAGGCCCAAUACUCAUCGUUGCUCAGGGAUACGUCUAACCCUUCGGCUUCUGUGCCUUACGAUCUUAACUUAAUUGACAUUGACAUUUCAAGUUACCCAACUAAUGCACCUUCUCGAACAAGAUGA